AUGGUGCCAUCUGAAUGGAAGAAGAGGGGAGUGCUUACUCAUUUUUCCAUUGUCCGCAAAGUAGGAGGCAUAUCUUUGAAGGAUCUGGAAAAGGAAGUUGCUGAAAGAAAUUCAAAGGCUGGGACAAGUACAUUGGCAUUAGAAAGCAGUGAACGGGCAUUACUGAACCGUUUGAUGAUUGAACUGAAUAAAUUGGAUAGUGAUGUUCUUGUUGGACACAAUAUAUCUGGGUUUGACCUUGAUGUUCUUCUACGCAGGGCUCAGGUUUGUAAGGUACCAAGCGCAACGUGGUCCAAGAUUGGCCGCCUGAAGCUAUAUUCAAUGCCUAAAUUGACAAAAGGAAGUGGUUUCUAUGGAUCUGGAGCUACUCCUGGAAUUAUGUCUUGCAUUGCAGGUCGUCUCCUAUGUGAUACCUAUUUGUGCUCAAGAGACCUCCUGAGAGAGGUAAGUUACUCCUUGACUCAACUUGCAAAAACACAACUAAACAAAGAUAGGAAGGAGAUUUCUCUGCAUGAUAUUCCUUCUAUGUUUCAGUCCACAAAAAUGCUACUAGAACUGGUUGAGUAUUGUGAGACUGAUGCCUGGCUUUCUCUGGAACUGAUGUUUCAUCUUAGUGUUCUCCCCCUCACUCGACAACUGACAAAUAUCAGUGGAAAUCUUUGGGGAAAAACUCUUCAGGGUGCCAGAGCACAAAGGGUGGAGUACCUCUUGUUACAUGCAUUUCAUGCAAAAAAGUACAUCACACCAGACAAAAUCUCUUCAUGCACUAAAGAGCUUAAUACAACAAAGAGAAAAUCAAUCAACUGUCAAGAUAUAAAUGAAGAUGAUGCAAGAAAGGACCAUGAAUCUAUAGAUAUUGAUGUACUUCACAUUGAUCAAAGCAAAGGGAAAAAAGGUCCUGCCUAUGCUGGUGGUUUGGUUUUGGAGCCGAAAAAGGGUUUAUAUGACAAGCUUAUACUGCUUCUUGACUUCAACAGCCUUUAUCCUUCAAUACUUCAGGAAUAUAAUAUAUGCUUUACAACAGUUGAGCGAUCUCCUGAAGGCCUUACUCCUAAUCUUCCAUCUUCUAAAAUUCCUGGGGUGUUACCUGAGUUGAUGAGGGACUUGGUUGAGAGAAGAAGAAUGGUUAGAUCAUGGCUUAAGACUGCUUCUCGUCUGAAAGUUCAGCAACUUGAUAUUCAACAGCAAGCACUGAAACUUACUGCCAACAGCAUGUAUGGUUGCUUGGGCUUUUCUAACUCUAGAUUUUAUGCCAAACCACUUGCCGAGCUGAUAACGCUGCAAGGGAGAGAAAUCUUGCAAAGUACUGUUGAUGUAGUCCAGAACAACUUGAACUUGGAGGUGAUCUAUGGGGAUACAGACUCAAUCAUGAUUUACAGUGGGCUGGAUGACAUAAAUAAGGCAAGGGCAAUUGCUGGCAGAGUGAUCCAAGAGGUUAACAAGAAAUAUCGCUGCCUAGAGAUUGAUCUUGAUGGCUUGUACAGGAGAAUGCUUCUAUUGAAAAAAAAGAAAUAUGCUGGUGUCAAAGUGCUUGUCAAGGAUGGAAUGCCAUAUGAGGUGAUUGAAUGCAAGGGCCUUGAUAUGGUUCGCCGUGAUUGGAGUUUGCUUUCAAAAGAAAUCGGAGAUUAUUGUCUCAGACAAAUUUUAUCUGGAGGAACUUGUGAAAAUGUUGUGGAGUCUAUUCAUAGUUCUCUCAUGAAGGUGCAAGAAGACAUGAGAAAUGGUGAAGUAGCACUUGAGAAGUAUGUUAUCACAAAAACAUUGACAAAGCCGCCAAAAGAUUAUCCAGAUGCCAAAAGCCAACCACAUGUGCAGGUGGCUUUAAGAUUGAAGAAAAAUGGCCACACGGGAUGCUCUGCUGGCGAUACAGUUCCUUAUAUCAUCUGCUGUGAGCAGGAAAACUUCUCCAGUUCUACUGGAAUAGCUCAAAGAGCUAGGCAUCCUGACGAACUGAAAAAGGAUGGUGGUUGGAUGAUUGAUAUUGACUAUUACUUAUCACAACAGAUUCAUCCUGUUGUCUCGCGGUUGUGUGCUUCAAUUCAGGGUACUAGCCCAGCACGUUUAGCUGAUUGUCUAGGACUUGAUUCAGCUAAGUUCCAAUUUAAAGAACCUGAGUCUGUCGGCCAAGAUCCUUCUAGCGUGCUCUCAUCCAUAAUAGAUGUUGAAGAGAGGUAUCGUGGCUGUGAGCCUCUCAGGUUGUCAUGCUCCAGUUGUUCCAGCACCUUCGAUUGUCCUCCUAUUUCAAGUUUACUAUCUUCAAUUCACAAGAAGCCAUCUGAUUCUCAAGCAGAAGAGCAAUCAGAUCCUAAUUUCUGGCAAAGGAUGCGUUGCCCAAGGUGCCCUGACCAUAUUGAAGUGUGCAAGUUUUCUCCUGCCAUGUUAGCUAAUCAGGUGAAAAGGCAAGCUGACAAUUUCAUUUACCUAUAUUAUAAAGGAUUGAUGAUGUGCGAUGAUGAAAUAUGCAAGUAUACCACACGCAGUGUGAAUCUUCAGGUAAUUGGCGACUCUGAAAGAGGAACAGUUUGCCCAAAUUACCCACACUGCAAUGGCCAUCUCAUAAGACAGUACACAGAGAAAGACCUAUACAAGCAACUAUCCUUUUUUUGCCAUGUCUUGGAUGCUUCUAAUUUUGCCGAGAAGCUGGACCAAAAUGUUAAGCUAUCUAUUGAGAAAGAGCUUGCUGUUAUCCAUCCAGCAGUAAGUCUGGCAAAAUCGGUGAUCCAGAAGAUCCGUGACCGGAGUUCAUAUGGAUGGGUGCAACUUAAGGACCUGUGCAUCUCAGUUCAGUAGAUCUGGGAAAAUGGUAAUGUCAAUCUCUAUGAUUGGCCACCUUUAAUGACCGUUACUUCUAACUGGAUCAUGAUAUUCAAUCUCUGACCGCUUAAGAAUCAUUGCCAAAAAAAAAGCUCUCAGGAAGAAGUUUGCUACAAGUUGACACAGUGGUUCUUGAAGCAUGUCAGAACAAUGGUAAAUAUAAAUCAUAAAUUAUUUGGAUGAGCUCAGCCAUUCGUUCUUCAAGAUUUCACUCUUCUGCAAUACGAUUCUUCCAGCUUGUAUGUUAGUCUGCUAAUAUUCAAUUUAUUUAUUCUGCAAUUUGUUUGAACAAAGGAUAAACUAAUCCAUAUGACUGUUUUAAAUUUGGUGAAAUGUAUAGUGAUAUUUUUAUAUUGUGAAUGAACAGAAACUAGUGCUCAAUA